AUGAGCUCGGCGACAGUUUAUCGUCUCAGCUAUGAUGAAUUUGUGGAGACUGGCACGGAUUACAAGGCGUUUAGAGCGAAAAUGCUGGAGAGAAUAGAGGAAUUCAUUGGGCAGUACAAGAGCCGGAGGAAUCCGGUUGUUUUGAUUGUGGAUGACAACAUGACGCUCAGGAGUAUGCGAAGGGAGGUCCUCAGCCUCGCCAGGAAGCAUCGUUUGGGGUACUUUCAAGUGUGGUUCAGGAUUUCCCUGGAAAAAGCCCUGGAGAGGAAUAGAAGUCGUCCGGAAGCUGUUUCCGAAGACAUUGUGGCGAAUCUGUGGUCUAGAAUUGAGGAUCCUUCCAAGGAUUCGAGUGUGGAGACACUGACAAUAGCUGUGGAUGAAGAUCAGAGGCUGGAUUGUGAGGAAUUCCGUGAGAAAGUGAUUCAACACUUGAAUAAUCCUGAGAAAACGCCGGAUUUGCCGAAGAGGGAGAAAGUGGAGCAUUCAGAGCUGCACAAAAUCGAUCUAAUCCUCCGCCAGGAAGUGUCCAGAAGACUGAGAGAAGCUUCAGACAGAGAAACCGUUAGGAUCCUCGCAGAUGCCUUGAAUUCCCGCAGGAAAACCGCGCUGAAGACGCUCAGAAAUGCUUCGCAGCUUCCCGAGAGUCUGGACGAUGUGAGAAAUCUCCUGGACAGAGACUGUACAAAUGGUUCCGUAGAAUAAAGCCCUUUAUUUGA